AUGGUUUCUUCCAAGACUUUCUUCGUCACUCUGGCUGCCCUGGCCAUGUCUGGGGUCCAGGCCAGCCCUUGCUACCCUCCCAACAAGAGCAGCUCGACUGAGGUUUCGACCACGGCCACACUCACCUCUACUGGCGUUUCUACCGUUGCCACGACCAGCACCACCGCCGAGGGUUCGACCAGCACCACUGAGGCCAAGGUCACCACCACCUUGUCUACUAGCACCACAUCAGCUGCUGAGACUACCACCACGGCCGUCGAGACUACUACCACUGCGGCUGAGACCACGACUACGGCUGAGAGCUCCAAGGCCACGACUACUUCGACCCAGCCAAGCUCUCCUCCCUACCAGCCACCUUCUCCUUACAACCCUCCCUCUCCCUACAACCCUCCAUCUCCAUACAACCCCCCUUCUUCCCCUUACAACCCUCCCAGCUAUGAGUCUCCUAACUACUAA